AUGCAAUUAAAAUUGGUAUCGGUAUCGAUACUCUUCUUAUAUUCGUCCUGGUAUGUCAUAGGACUAAAUGCCUACACUUCAUCAUCAUCAUCAUCAUCUGGCUGUGGAUGUUGUCCAUUACCAAAAUGUGAUGUCAAACCAUUCUCAUGUUCAUCAAAUAUAGAUUGUGAAUGUUUACAAAUGACAGUGACUGGGGGUGGUAUGUGUGCUAAUGUAGUAAUAUCUUGUUCGGCUUUAACUCAAUGUGAAACCGAUAAUAAAACAUGUUCAGUACCUAAUACGAUUUGUGUCAAUAAUACACGAUGUGAUGUACCAGUCUGUUAUCCAAUCGAAUUAGCUACACCGCAAAUGUGUCCACCAUUAACUUCAGGACAUAUCAGUACUAGUCUUUCAACAACAACAACAGAAAAACCAACAACAACAGUAGAGAUACAUACAACGACAACAGAAAAACCAACAACAACAGAGAUACAUACAACAACAACAGAGAGCCCAAGAACAACAACGAUCACCAUAAAUGCUUGUUCAAAUGGAACUCGAUGCUUGAACAAUGGAACAUGUCAACCAUCUGGAAAUAGCUUUUUCUGUUUAUGCCCCGGAUCAUACUAUGGUUCUAAUUGUCAAAACGUGGGAUCAUCAACUAGUGUUAGUUUAGUUGACGAAAUUAUUAAUGGCUCAAAUAUAACUUAUGAACGCACCGUAGAAAAUGUUCUAAAUAGAAACAAUUGGACCAACAUUGUUGCUGUCGUUGAUGUUACUGGUUCAAUGUUACCUUGUGCAGCUGCUGUUUAUAAAUGGAUGAUAUUGGCAUAUGAACGAGUGAAUAAAAUCAAAUAUUAUGUCUUCUUUAAUGAUGGUGAUGAUAAACCUCAAGCAAACAAAACUAUUGGUUCUACUGGAGGUCUAUAUGGUAUUGAUGCUUUCAAUAUGAAUACAGUGUUAAAUACUAUGAAAACAGCGAUGAAAAAUGGUAAUGGUGGUGAUAUACCUGAAAAUGAUAUUGAAGCAUUAUUAUAUGGCAUUAAAAAAUGUCCAAAUUGUUUAAAUAUUAUUCAUAUAGCUGAUAAUCAAGCGACACCACGAGAUAUGAUUUUAUUGAAAAAUGUAACCAAACCAGUCAAAGUUAUUGUUUGUCAGUUGAGUAGAAAUGCUUUAAAUACGAAUCUGAUGAAUAUUGCUUCUAAUACUGGUGGUUCAAUUCAUACACUAGAACAAGAUAUUUUAAACUUAUCACAUAUUCCAAUAAAUGGUACGAUUACUAUUGGAACUCGAACUUAUAGAAGAACAAUAACAGGUUAUGUUCUCAUUUAA